CAAUUUUGUACUACACCUUUAUGUUUUUGUUUUAAUGUUGCAGUUGGCCUUGUCUGCUGAAAAGAUCUUGCUCACUUUCAACCAGUUCGUUAGCAUCCCUCUUAUCAUCCAUUUCCUCUUCAUCUUCUUCACGAUCAGCCAGAUGCAAUACAAUGUCAAAGAAUUGAUUUCUCUGGCUAGAAGGCCAUCAUCUUGUUUUGACAAGGAAGGAAAACUGACCAUAUGCAGAAUGCUAAGGGAUGGUAAAUGUAUAGAGCCAAGAGAGAGAUGGUGUCGUCUGAAAGGAAAUCUGCUCUUUCUAAUGAAAAAUAAGAAUAAGUGUUGUGAAGCUGCUGAGUUAGUAAUCCUGGAGCGGUGCUGUGUUGUGGAAUUCAGGAAUAAAGCAGAUGUUUCAGUAGUGCUCAAGUUUCAGAGUGGAGAACCAGAUCUUUACCUUGAAGCUGCAUCAAGGUCUGACUGUGAAUCUUGGGCUGUGGCUCUCGGAGAGGCAAGUUCUGAAGGUCUGCGCAAUAAAAUCGAGCAGCUCCAGAGACUGAUCAUGGAAAUCAAGGAAGAAAGAGCAGCAGAUGAAGUACAUCAGUUCAUUCCAUCAGCACAGGCAGACAAUCUUGCAGAGUCUAAGCUUACAAAUCUUCAGAGGACUGUCAGUGAACCAAAACUUGAAUUCAGUCUUGCAUGUAAAGAUCUAGUGGCUCCAACUCGUGAUCGAAAACUGAAUACAUUUGUGCAGAUCACCGUGGUUCAACCUGGAGAACAGUCUUCAACACGAUAUACAAGCACAGAAAUUGUGGAGGGAACAAGAGACCCACUGUUUCUGACUGGUGUGACGUUCCCGCCGGAUUACCCUAUCUAUGAGGAGACUAAAAUAAAACUAACAGUCUAUGAUGUCAAGGAUAAAUCUCAAGACACGGUCCGCACCAGCAUUCUGGCAGAACAGAAAGAGCCAAGGACAGAUACUGGGCGAAGCUUCCUGGGUUGUACUACAUUUAAAGUAGGUGAUUUGGUGAAAUCAAAGGAGCAGCCACUGACACUCAGCCUGAGGAGUACGGAUGGUGGGAAAACAUUUGGCACUAUAGAUGUCAGCCUUGUGAAGAUGGGGGAGACAGAGAAUGGGGAGGCAGAUCACAUCACAACAGAUGUGCAGGGACAAAAGUGUGCCUUGGUUUAUGAGUGUACAUCUCCAGAAAACACCAGUAGUAAAGACAAUUUACCUUUAUUAAAUGCAGUGUUAAAAAACCCGAUCUGUAAGUUAUAUAGAUUCCCCACUUCUGACAACAAGUGGAUGUGUGUACGAGAACAGAUGUCUGAGAGCACUCUUUCUUUUCAUAUUCCCAAGGAACUCAUCAGCCUGCACAUAAAGGAGGAUAUGAGAAGGAAUCAGGACCUUAAUGAACUCGGGGAACUUGCUCCACAUUGGGACAAUAUGCGGAAAAGUGUUAUUUCACACUGUGAUCAAAUGUUAACUCUCUACCAAAACAUGCUUGCAGAACUUGGGAAGUAUACAGGCUCUUCUUUCAAAUCAAGCUGCAGUAAAGGAGAAAAGACACUAGAAUUUGUUCCAAUCAAUCUACAUCUGCAGAGAAUGUAUGUGCACAGUCCUCGGUUAAAAGAUGCUCUCUAUGAUGUCAUCACAGUAGGAGCCCCUGCGGCACAUUUUCAGGGAUUUAAAAAUGGUGGUCUUCAGAAACUACUAAAUAAAUUUGAGGCAGAAAGGCGAAAUACUGGGUACCAAUGUAUUUACUAUUCACCUGAAAACACAGCCAAGGCAAAAGAAGUUCUUAGUAGCAUCAAUCAUCUGCAGCCUCUCAUAUCAAGCCAUGCAGACCUGCUGCUUAAUUCUGCAAGGCAGCAUUUGCCAGACAGCUUGAAGAAUUCCUUAAAGAUGCUUUCAGAAACGACAGAGUUAUUUGUACAUGCAUUUAAGGAUCAGCUGAUCAGAAGUGCCCUUUUAGCUCUAUACACAGCCCGUCCAGGUUGUGUCCUAAAAAAACCAACUGUGCCAAGGAACAGUGCUGAAGAGAGUGGGGAUCAGUCGAAUCAGGAGCAUCCAUCCCAAAUCAAGAGACAAGAUUCUAUACCUCACCAUUCGGAAUAUGACGAGGAAGAGUGGGACAGGGUGUGGGCCAAUGUGGGGAAGAGUUUAAACUGCAUUAUUGCAAUGGUGGAUAGACUGCUUGAGAAAGACAACAUGCCCAGCAUCACUACGGAAAAUGGAAACGACCCCCUACCAGCAGAGCAUGUGACGUCUCAUCUAAGUGGUGACUGGUAUGAACAACUUUAUCCACUCACAGUUACGCUGAAGGACUGUAUUGGAGAGGUGGUGACUAGGGCAAAGCAAUCAAUGUCUUUUGUUCUGCUUCAGGAGCUUGCAUGUAGCUUGCCACAAUGCUUAAUACUGACCCUAAGAAGAGAUAUUGUCUUCAGUCAAGCACUUGCUGGAUUGGUCUGUGGGUUUAUAAUCAAAUUGCACUCCAGUUUGCGGGAUCAAGGCUUCCUGCAGCAGCUUCACACGGUCGGGCUAAUUGUUCAGUAUGAAGGACUCCUCAGUACAUAUAGUGAAGAAAUUGGAAUGCUAGAAGACAUGGCUGUGGGAAUAUCAGAUUUACAAAAAGUCAUGUUUAAAAUAACUGAAGCCAAAUCAGAUGACCUCUUGCCUAUUAUAACUGGAAGGCGGGGACAUUAUGUAAUAGAAAUCAAGCUCCCAGGAAAGAUGUUUGAGCUGCUUCCACAAGAGAUUAAAGAAGGGAAACUGCUCCAUGUUUAUCCAGUUCUCUUUAAUGUAGGAAUCAAUGAACAGCAAACACUCGCGGAGAGGUUUGGAGAUACCUCUUUGCAAGAAACUGUUAACCAGGAAAAUCUGGAGCUGCUGAAAGAGUAUUACAAGCUGUUCACAGAAAAAAUGCCUCCUGAUUGCCUACCACAUUUUCAAGAACAGAAUGACUUAAAAGGAUUACUAGAAAAUCUCCAUCAAAAUAUUCAGGCUAAAAAAAGAAAGAAUGUAGAAAUCAUGUGGCUGGCUGCAACGAUUUGCCGCAAGCUAAAUGGAAUCCGGUUCACCUGUUGUAAAAGUGCCAAAGAUAGGACAUCAAUGUCAGUGACACUGGAACAAUGUUCAAUUUUAAGAGAUGAGCAUCAGCUGCACAAAGACUUUUUUAUCCGAGCCCUUGACUGUAUGAGGAGAGAAGGAUGCCGCAUAGAGAAUGUACUGAAGAAUAUCAAAUGCAGAAAGUAUGCUUUCAACAUGAUACAGCUGAUGGCUUUCCCAAAGUUCUACCGACCACCAGAGGGAACAUAUGGAAAAGCUGACACCUAAGCUUUAGACACAACACAAAAAAGGCUGUGUGUGCAGGAUCACACACCUGUGCUCAUUAGUUAACACAAAAUUGCUUUGUGCGUGUCACAGAUUGGGCAUACAUGAGAGGGAAAAUACCUAGGUUCUCCCCCAACUGUACUGUCAAUCAAAAGGAAACAUCAAUAAAAUAUGGUAGAUUGAGUGCUCUGGCAACCAGCUGUUUGAUAAAUAAAAGCCGAAUAAUAAUAAUAAUAAUAAUAAUAAUGUAGGCUGCAUUUCAUAAGCCCACCAGAAUUAAAGGUUUGGUCACUAGUCAGAUAGAAGGCCAAAUGUUGAGUCAGUAGGGGUCACUCUGAGCCUGGACUUGAAAAUAAAUCCCACUUCUAUACAAAGCAACAUUGAAUUGCCUAAGAUACUGUCUACUGGGUUAAGGGCAAAGCUAAGGUGCUGCUCAGCUGUGGUGAUAAAACCCAUGAUACGUUUAGAAAAGGAAUGUUAAUAUUGGUGACCUUGCAUUAGUAAAUAUUUGCUGCAUUUCUGGAUAAACUUUGCAGUUCCAGCUACAUACAUUGUUAAUGCAACAACAAAAAACUAAGUUAACACACUGGUCUAAGCCUUGGGCUUUAAGCCAUGUAAUGUAUUACAGUUGCCUUGAAAUCAGGAUCUGGGGUUUUACCUGCCAUUCUCAGUGGUGUUAAGCGACAACCUGUGUAAGUAAUUAUGAGACAAGGAUGGCCACUGGAGUCUGUCCAUAGUUGUCAACCUUCCCUUUUUUUGUGGGAAAUUCCCUUAUUCCAGCGCCAUUUCCCGCUGCUUGUCCCCGGGACAGGUGAGGCUGCUGAUCCCUUAUUUUCAAAUCUGAAAGUUGACAGCUAUGAGUCUGUCCUCUGUGCACUCUGAAAGUACCAAGAGGGAAAGGAGAUUCAACUAGUGGUUAUAAUAAAUGUUUGUAUGUAAAUGACAGUGAUAAUAAUUUAAUAAUUGUAACCUGCAGAAUCAAAACGAUCAGGGUAAAGAACCUGUAACCUAUUGCCGUGCGGUUAAAGCUAUAUAAAAGGCUAAGGCCAAAGAACAACUCUUCAAUCUGAAAUAUAUCACUUGUGAAUGUUAAUAUGAAACCUAAAGGAGAGUGCCAUUUUCAAAUCAAAUGUAAAUACUACCCCAAUAUAAGUUUUACAUUUGAAUGGAAAGGGCUGGGAAUUGGGGGGGGGGUAAAUAGAUAAGAACAAUUUAAUAAAAUUAAGAUAUGUUGCUAUAAAGAUGAUCAGUGAGUUUAGGCAGAUUGUACUACUGCAUUAAAUCUCAGCCUUUGAAACAAUGAGGUCUCAUUGUAUGUACAUUUCCACUGUUCUACUGGCAAAUAAGAGCAACGACAGCCUGGGCAGGAAGAUAAGUUUUAAACAGCUGAAAGUACUAGAGAACUUCAGCAAAAUGGAUUGGAUCCAGACUUAAAUUAGAUGUGUGUAACUUAAGUCCUGCUAGUUAAGUCCCGCUAAACUCAUUCCCAUUGAUUUUAAUAGCUCUAAGCAUGACUAAAUCUUUAUCCAACCCAACAUUCUUACCACAGUCAAAACUUUGCAAAGGCACAAAUAUUGUUGUGAAAAGUGGUAGAGUAUCAACACACAAGCAAUAAACUUUUCAUUUCAGUGGUGUAUAAAUCUGUGUUUGUAUUUUCACUAUAAAGCAGCUGCAUAUUGAAAGGUGCACUGCUGACCAGUGAAUCCGUAUUGUCAUAAAUAAAUUUGUAUAAUGCUUUCAGAAAUGUUUGCUCUGUGAAAACUGCUUUGAGGAUUUGAGAAUAUGGGUUCUCAGAAGCAUUAUCUCUAGCAAUGCUGUGUUAAAAUGCCAUCUGGCAUCCCACUUUUGUUAAUAUUUAUGUGAUUAGUCCCACUGAAUUUAAUAUGUUUCAAACAAUUUGCUUACUUAAAAUAAUCAUGAAUUAAUUAGGAGUGAAGACAAUUCCUUGGCAAUACAGUAUCUUAUUGCACACGUUGGUGUCAUGUAGCAAAGAAACAAACCAAAAUAUAAAGAAUAACUAAAUGUGAACAUUAAAAUAAUAAUAAUAAUACAGUAUGUCAGUAAGC